AUGGUAGCUAUGAACUUAUUUGAAUAUGAGAGUGGUGAACAAAGUUAUGAAUUCAAGACAAAACAAGUAUUGUUUGAUCUCAAGGCAAAACCUUCCGUUAGAGCAAAAAAGGACUGGGAUUUGACUGAUAAAGUUUGUCGAGAAGGUAUAAGGGUUAUCGAAACAAUUUUCGAAAGAGGAUAA